CUUUGGUCUCCGUUCCCGCCGCCGCGGUUUCUCAGAAGCUUCCUCAACUUUUCCCUUUACGAUCUACUAGAGGAUAAGUACUCUACAGACCAAUGAUGGAGAGUCGGUGUGGGUAUCAUACGACAUCCCUGACUUGUACUUUAAGAUGAGACUAAAUCGGUGGACGCCCGUACCUCAUUUGCCCUUAACAGAGGCGCUUUAUAAGUGCUUCCCUUUGACCGCAAAGAGAAAGUCGAUUCGGAAGGCAGAAAUAGCAAGUGAAAAACUAUGCGACGAUGUUCUUAACCGUCUAUCGCCGUUCAUCCUUCGCAACCCUGCCGUGGACAUUCUCGACCUAUGGCCCGGCGCUGGAUUAUGGUCAUCGAAGAUCAAUGAACUUCUCAAACCCCGCCGACAUGUCCUUAUCGAACCCGAGUUGAGGCUAUACAAGCCAUUGCUUCUGCCUUUGACAGAGAACAACCCUAGCUAUAAACUACUGUCUGCGGAUAUCCAUGCUAUCGCGGAUUGGCAAAGUAUACUAUCGACGCAUUUCCCGGAGCAAGGGCCAUCAAACCGUGACAACAGUGGCAUAUUGCCCAAGAACGAUACGCUCCUUAUCUUAGCCAACCCGCCUCCAGUUGCCUCUAAAAAAGAUCACUAUACCCCAGCACGCUGGUGGUCGGUUUUCAUGGAAGCCUGCAUGCACCAGACGGGGUUACAUGCCUAUGGAAGCGUGCGUAUGAUCGCAUCACUCCCCAUAUCGGAUGCACAACAGGUCAUUCCGCGGACCAUCAUAGAGCGUAAACGACCGGCAAUUUUGACAGAAAACGUUGCAUUACAUGCAUUUGAAGUCGCAGCUCCAAGAGACCCCAGCGCAUGGGCUACACUCAAGGGGUGGGAUUUGGUGACGGCCAAUACCUCGCGGGUUGCUCAGAGAGCAGCAGAGCAGGGAGUUCCCACCCCUCCUGGCAGAGAACUACCACCCAUCCCCUUGGCCCCAGAAAGUCCUGACCAGGGCACGAUACCCGUGCCUUACGUGCCGCGCGCAUUUACGGAAUGGCAUGAGAAAGUUUGGAAGAAGAUCACUACUGAUACGCCUGGAAAGGAAGGCAAACGGAGUCCGACGCAACGACGAGGCCUAACCCAACUGAACAAAGAGAAUCGCGACGUGUAUACACGCCAGUGUCAGGCUACAGCCAUCGCUGAAAUCGACGAACUAACAAACACUUUGUCCCGGACGGCUGCGAAUCCCCGCGAGAGUUCGGCCACACUGGGGCCCAUUUUAGAUAAGAUCGAGGCCGCCAGGUCUACUUUGGAUCAGAUAUCGUCGGAAGUACACUACGAAGUACUUAAGGAAGUUCCCGCCGUCGUUGAUAACAAGCGGGAAGCUCUGCAUACCGGAAACUUCGACGAUGCAAUUCUCCACUGGGACCGCCGCCCUUUCGAACCAUUGCUCAUCACGCCAGAAGAGCUCUAUCCCCGAGAAACCGAGAGAAGCAUUCUCUACUUUGAAGCCGACCCAAACCCCGUAGCCGUGCAGAAACUCAACCAGCUGGAUCCGUCGCAAAGGGAUGCCCCUCUUCGCCUCUUCGAAGCCCUCUCUCUCACCAUCGGCACCCGUAACCUAAUGACAGUAGCCGAGUUUCUGGAACUGGUCUUUCCCGGACGGCCUAUCAACGACAUCGUCAAGGCCAUCCCAGGCCUAGCGGUCUUCGCAACCAAAACCCCCAAGCCAGAUUUCGAUAAUCUGCCCAAGACCAUCCACGGUUCACCUGGGGCCCGCGAACCUCUCGACCCCGUCGCAUGCUACCAGGAGAACCUGGACUACAACCUAAGCGACGUACGAGUUCGUACUCUGUCGACCAGUACACUGUGGGAUAUCUUCAUCGAGUACCAGAAGAAGGGCAACACGAGCCUCUCCACGGUGCAACUAAGUCGACUACUCGGUGGGACGUUGACGUCCUUCCGGACUGGAGAUCUGGAACUUCGGAAAAGAUACCAUUAGCAUGUCUUAUUCUAUACUUGCGCAGGAAACCUCACCGACAUCCACUCUACUCACUCUACUCUACCCACCUCCUCCCUUUACCGCUCCGUGCGGGGAGGACUUUAUACCCAAACCUCCGGGUUCUAUACUAUGUUUUAUGAGCUGUGUAUCUUGUAUUAUACUGUAUAACGGUUACGAUCUAUAGACAUAUCUGCCUAUAUAAUUACCUUUGAUAGACUAUCGAGAUGAGAAAUCUUACAUUUUUUGACAUAGUCC